CACAGCACCUUCCUGAAGGCUGCAGCUUCUUCCCACCUUUUAGAUAAUCCUAGACAGCUUGCAAAAUGUGUGAUGCAUUUGUAGGUACCUGGAAACUUGUCUCCAGUGAAAACUUUGAUGAUUACAUGAAAGAAGUGGGAGUCGGCUUUGCCACCAGGAAAGUGGCUGGUAUGGCUAAACCCAACAUGAUCAUCAGUGUCAAUGGGGAUGUGAUCACUAUUAAAUCAGAAAGUACAUUUAAAAACACAGAGAUUUCCUUCAAACUGGGCCAGGAAUUUGAUGAAGUCACGGCAGAUGACAGAAAGGUCAAGAGCAUCAUAACCUUAGAUGGUGGUGCCCUCGUACAGGUGCAGAAAUGGGAUGGAAAGUCAACGACCAUAAAGAGAAAGCGAAUGGAUGAUAAACUCGUGGUGGAAUGUGUCAUGAAAGGCGUCACUUCUACCAGAGUUUACGAAAGAGCAUAAACCAAGGGAUAUUGAACUGGACGGAAGUUUGCAUCGAACUCUAUGCCAUUCUGUUGGAUAUGUUGUCCGAAAAUAUAUUGUUAUUUUCUACUAAUUAGUGAGCAGCUAAUUUUUUGCCAAUCUGAUUUUAUUCAACGUGGUUUCAUUUCAUUGGUUAAAUAAAGUGUUUUAGAGUUAGAAGAUGAUGUAAUGAUUUAUUCACUGUGCCAGAGAAUUUCUUACUUAUAACUCAGAGAAAGAAAUAGAAAAUUGUUUCUAUUGCAUUAUGUCUGGUAUAAGCAAUAUGAUUUUUUCAUAAUAAUCCAAGGUAAAAAAAAUUAAUAUUCAUGAAUUUUCUAUUGUCUUAGUAGAAAUAAACAUGCUAUUAUGGAAUAUGAAGUUUUUCAGUAUAUCUUCAGUCAAGUAACUUUUGCAGAGACCUAGGAUAGUUUUAAAAGUAUAGUAAUUUCCCCUUAUCCAUUAGGAAUACAUUCCAAGACCCCCCCCCCCCAGUGGAUGCCUGAAACUAUGGAGAGUAUCAAAUCCAAUAUAUGCUAUGUUUUUUUCUAUACUUUCAAUAUUAUGAUGAAGUUUAAUUUAUAAAUUAGGCACAGUAGAGAUUAACAAAAACUAAUAAUAAAAUACAACAAUUACAACAAUAUACUGUAAUAAAAUUUUGUGAAGUUGACAUCAUUAAGUAAAAUAAGGCUUACUUGAACACAAACAUCAUGAUACUGUGACAUUUGAUCUGAUACACAAGAUGGCUACUGAGUAGCUAAUGGGUCGGAAGACAGAGAGAUAAUUCACAUCCCAGGCAGAAUAGAGAAGGAUGUUGUGAGAUGUCAUCAAGCUCCUCAGAACAGCAUGAAGUUUACAAUUGAUGAAUUGCUUAUUUAUGGAAUUUUUCAUUUAAUAUUCUCCUACUGCAGUUGACCUUGGAUAAUUGAAACUGUGAAAAGUGAACCUGUGGUUAGGGGUGGGGGAUGACAGCCUUUGGAGAUUUUGUGGGUUCAGUUCCAGAGCACCUCAAGAAAGCAAGGAUUGCAAUAUAGCAAGUCAUAUGAAUUUUUUGGUCCCAGUGCAUAUACAAAUUAUGUUUACACUAUUACGUGUGCAAGGGCAUUAUGUCUAAAAAAAAGGUACAUACCUUAAUUUAAAAAUUCUUUAUUGCUAAAGAAUGCUACCCAUCAUCUGGUCCUUCAGUGAGUUGUAAUCUUAUUCCUGAUGCAGGGCCUUGCCCUAGUAACAUCAGGGAUCACAGAUCAUAGGUCACUAUAACAAAUAAAAUAAUAAU